UUUGAUAUGUUAGUAUUUAAUGCCACCUGUUUGAAGACAUGUUUGAGCAUUUAAACGAACGCUGGGAUAUGGCAAAGCCGUUUUUUUAAAACUAGUAUCUCACGUGUAUGUGUAACUAGUAACAGUGGUACUGCAGUAAAUCAAGGAAGUGCAUAAAGAUUAACAAUGGAUUGGUCAUUCCCCAAGCGACACUAAAUUAGGCUAGGGCGGGACAUACUUCAAUUAUACCACCCCACAAAGGAAUAACUGUAGGACAUAAAAGCCCAAAGGAAGUUUUUUGGAAUUGUAUCAUAGCCGUAGGAUUCCCAAGUAUUUAUCACUUCAUGUGCAACAAGAACGUCAUCACUCCAAAUGAAAACCGCACUACUGCUUGGCAUCGCUUACGCGCUCAUUUCGGGUGCCACACCUCAGUUACCGCCCAUUUUCUUUGAUGAUGUAGACGCUCCUUCUAUACCUGAAGGGAAUUACACAGGAACACCAAGACAUGCAUUUACCCUCAAAGCAAGGGUAACCGCUGGCACUGUCACUAUUAGCAUUUCGACCGGAAAUUCAGAAAGUAUUGUUUUCAUCAAUUACACCCAGAAUGGAACGGAAGUUUAUAGUGAUGUCUAUGUCAACUCCGAGCUUGAUAGAGAGAUGACUGAAGAUGUGCAUCUUUUGUUCAUAGCUACAAGUAGCAAUCCGAACGCCCCAGUGACAAGAAAACCAGUGACGCUUUACAUUUUGGAUGUUAAUGACGAGAUUCCGGUCUUCCAUCUACCCUCAUACCAAGUUCUUAUCCCGGAGAAUUACCCAGUGAACACCGCAGUACAGGGUUUGACUAUCAAAGCAGAUGACCCGGACAACGGAGCGGGGGGAAAGGUGACCUAUCGUAUCAAGACAACGGGUCAGGCUGAAAAUUUGUAUAGAGGCUAUUUCGACAUUAACCUGGAUAGCGGCAUCGUGACUCUAAAGAAGGAAUUGGAUUAUGAAACGCUUACAUUUCUACAAUACAACGUCAUAGCUACGGACGGCGCUCCCCCGCAUCAUAACACUACUGCGGAGCUCUUGGUCAAAGUUGUGGAUGUCCAGGACAAGCCACCGGUGUUCAUUGGAUUACCUUAUAUGAAAGAUAUUCUUGAAACCACCCAGGGGAGUAUCUUUAACGUUAGUGCAAUUGAUGGAGACCUCGGUAUUCCAAGACAAGUUGGAUACGGACCUCUCAAUGGUUCGUGUUCCGAAUAUCUCGACAUCAACGCAACAUCGGGCGAGAUUAAAGUGACGAAAGCGCUGGACAGAGACAUGGGAAUCAUCUAUGACGUCCAGGGGGUUUGUUUUAUCACAGUUGAAGCUUUCGAAGUUGGAGUAAAUAAAACUAACUUUACCCGAUCCACCACUGAUUUCACUCUUACCAUCAAAGACGUGAACGAUAAUCCACCAACGUUCCGAAACGAGAGCUACACGGGCAGAGUAAAUGAGAAUGCAGUUGGUAUUCCCAUCUCAUUCAGCGAGAAUAUCCAAGUCCAAGACUUUGACCAGAAUGGCAAUAACCAGAUUAAUUUAACGGUGCACAACACAGACCUGUCCCUGUCUGACGCUGUAGAGGCUUCUCCACGUCAGGUAUUAGGCAGUGGAAUCGUUCUCCUCCGUCUCAUAAAGGAAUUGGACUAUGAAGAAAUGCAGUUGGUUGAACUCGUGGUGAAGGCCGUCGACGUAAAGAAUAAUUCUCUCCUGAGUACAUGCAACGUCACCGUGCAAAUUGUCGAUACUAAUGACAAUGACCCAAUCUUUGAAAAACCAAACUAUAAUUUUAGUGUGACUGAAAAUAGCUGCGAUAACACAGUGGUCGGUGCGAUAAAUGCCACAGAUAAAGACUCCGAUGAAUACGGACAUGUUUCUUAUAAAAUCAAAGGAUAUGAAAACAAGUUUGGAAUAGACAACACUAGCGGCCAGAUAUACGUGUCUUCAGAAAACAGCUGUAAAUGCACAAAUAUUAGCUGUGAAAACAGUGAUCUGAAUAGAGAGAGAUUAUCCGUGUAUUACCUGACUGCCGAGGCUGAAGACGGAGGAGGAAAGCGAACUUCAGUCCAGGUUGAUAUACAUCUUACCGACGAAAAUGACAAUACCCCUCGCUUCCGAUAUCAAACUUAUGAAGUCAGCAUUCAGGAAAACUCUACAAUAUUUUCUACCGGUGACAAAACUUUUACUGUUGAGGCACUGGACGACGAUGAAUUAAACAGUGAAAACAGUCGUGUAUCUUAUUGUGUUGUGGGUAAAGACGAUCGCUGUGCUAAUCACACACAUUUUGAGAUAGAUCAAAAUGGAACCAUAAAAUGUAUGAGAGAGUUAGAUUUCGAAGAAUUACCUCCGCGGCCCGACACUGAUAGAAGGGAUCUUAUAUUGCAAAUUAUGGCUUAUGAUUUCGGUUCCCCUAGUUUGAACUCCACCGUAAAUGUGACAGUCAACAUUCAGGACAAGAACGACAACGAACCAAUAUUCAAUACAACAUACUGUGGGAAUGUUGAAGAAAAUUCUCAGAGUGGUACAUACAUUUUAACAGUUUCAGCUUACGAUGCUGACGGAACAGCGCCCAACAAUGAAAUCUCAUACUUCAUAUUCUCUGGGGGCUCUGAUCAAUUCAAAAUGGAUGGCGAUUCUGGAAAUAUUUCCGUUCAGAUUGGUGCGAAGUUAGAUAGGGAGAGUGUAGCAAAUUAUAGUAUGACGGUAAUUGCCAUUGAUAGAGGAAACCCGCAGAAAACCGGAACUACCAAUGUUACCGUGGUGAUUGAUGAUGUAAAUGACACUCCUCCCGAUUUUUUAAAUCUUCCCGCUGAAAUGCAAGUUGCAGAAAAUGGGACAGAUGAUAGACCAUUCUUUCAGUGUAGUGGCACCGAUAAAGAUAACAAUUCUAAGCUUGUGUACUAUAUCAACGUGGAAGAGGUUUACUUCAUCCAUGGAAAGGGAAAUAAUUCGGAUUUAUCAAGAGUUAAGAAUUACUUCACGAUCAAUCACACAACAGGAGAAAUAUAUGCUAGUGAGAAAAUAGAUGCCGAGAAGGAGGCUAGAUUUGUUUUGAUUGCAACCAUAAAUGACACAAACACUCGAAAACCAUUCCGUGGCAGCGUCAAAGCACGUCUUUCUGUCAACAUCACUGAUAAAGACGAUAAUCCACCUGUCUUCUCGGAGAAAUCGUUGUUUGCUGGAAUUCUUCGAACUUCACCAUUUGGAACACAUGUUUUUGAUUUGAAAGAACAAGUCAGUGACAAAGAUUUAACAGCAAUAAACAGGAUUCACAAAUUCUACAUGACAGCUAUAAAUAGUGAAGGGUUAAGCAAUGGUGAACAUCACGAUAUAUUGCAACUGUGUAAGAAGGAAUUUUGUGUCACUGAAAACGGUACGGUUCAAUCCAAUUUCGUGUUCAGUAAUAAAGGUUAUGCGGAACUUAGCAUCAUGGUUAAUGAUACAGCAGGAUUCGACACCGCGACCCUAGACAUAUAUGUGUUCGAUGAAUCGCAACAAUUAUCGAUGCAUUUUCGACUAUCCAAGAAUGACGUCAACAACGUAAAACAGACCGUGUUAGAGACGGUGUCUAAGGUGAUAGGCUAUAGGUGCGUGUUCGAUCAAAUUGAUCCAUACCAAGAUGCCAAUGGAAAUAUCAUCGAACAUGAAUCGUUGUUGAAGUUCCACGUGUUAAAUGAAAAAGAAAAGAAGGUACUUGAGGCAGUCGCUGUAGAAAGGUUGUUGGAUCAGCAUGGGGACGACUUGAGAGACCUCCGGAACAGUCACGCCGUAGUAGCAAUAGGUGCUUUGCAGAUACAUAACGUGGAAAAUAGUGACAGCAAAUUAAAGGAGACGUAUAUUCUGGUAGCCAUUAUCGUUCUAUUAACACUGAUACUCGGGAUCGUCGUGUAUUUCUACAUCAUUUCAAAUACGAGAUUUAAAAGGAAAUUGAAAGCUGCAACUAUAUCAACCACAGAGAAGAAGAGCAAAGAGAAUCUGGGAAAUGCUUAUAUUCCGGGCAGCAAUGUGUUUUCAUCAACUAAAAAUCCAUUAAUUGAUAAAGAAGAGGAAGUUAAGAAAACUAUUGAUGAACUGGAUCGUGCAAGUUUGGCAGAGAGUGAAAAUUCCUUGGAUCAUAACGAAGUUGAGUACGCAAAACGUUUCCACGACAAUGAUGACCCAGAUGAAGAAAAAGAGGUAAUUUUGGAAAUGUACGGAGAAGAUGGCGGUAUUCCGAAUGUCAUGGAUGACGAGAUGACAUUGUUGCAACAAGCACUGCAACAGCAUCAGAACAACAGCAAUGGGGAAUUUAACACUGAGGCGUUAAAUGUUGUUGAAGGCAAAGUCAAUGAAAGUUACCAAAUAGUGGAAGCUACGGAUGUUUGAUUGAAAAAGUACAUAUUCAAAGCGCUUACAACUUGUCAUUAUGCUAAAUUAUAGAUGGUUAUAUUAUUGUUUUGUUUCAAUGAUUAUAUAUAUAAUUUGAAAGUCCUCAGAUUACUAAUGGGUCUGUAUUCAUGUUGUCUUUUCCAUCAUAACAUUAGAUAGAACAACGCUCAUUUAAUAGCAUAAUAUAUUUUGUUAUUGUUCAAAGUUAAAACUCUUUGAUAACGAUUACUGGCCAUCAUUUGAGAGAUCGGUUGUCAUACCUGUAUAUUCAAUUAAUGCAGAUUAGGGCAAACAUUGUGAUAAAGUUUGUAAAUAGUAACACUAUUCUUAUUGUUUGAUCUCUAGAGUAUAGAUCUGAGCAGAAUCAAAAUUUGAAAAAGUGGAAUACAUUUUUGUAUUUAGAAUCAUAUAAUAGAAUGAUAAAGACUAGUGACAUGCAUUUCAUGUAAAACAUCAAGACGUUAUUCUAUUUGGAAAGAAAACGAGACUCGGGGUUCUCCGUCAUCAGAAAUUUAAAUAUGCAGGAAAGCGCGUAGGUCAUUUCACAUAAAAAAUGUCAACCUCAUUUUAGAGUUACGACACUUUCCUCGUUUCCCCUUUGUCGGAUCUAAUUGUGGCGCUGAAAUCAUACUGUGAUGGGAUUUGUUUUAAAUUAUGGCGCUAAGAUAUCUAACCGUGCAAGACCGCCACGUACAAACACCCAUGGAGAACCCUGAAACUGAACCUUUCAUUUGUUGUACAUGGUGUAUUUUACAAGCAAAUCACCCAUAAAUUCGCCACAUUUCUUUGUCGGAAGCUGCUGAAAAGUACUACAGAUUGUAAAUGUCACUUUAACUUGAUGUGCCAUCAUGUGGAACUUUAAACAGUUUUAACUUACAGAAUAUUGGACACCUGUCAUUGAUAUGUAUUCCUAAUCAUAGUAAAUGUGAAUAUCUUUUGUGAAAAAUCGAUUAUUCGACACUGCUUCAAUAUACAAUAAAAGCAAUGAAGAUUGGAUUUCCAUCAUACGUAUGGAUUUCUUGCAGGUUUUUUUUCUAUAUAAAUUAUGGUUUUUAA